UGGUCCCGCAGGUACGUGGGGGAGCUGAUCUCCGAUGCGGAGGCGGACGUCCGUGAGGACGAUUCCUACCUCUUCGACCUGGACAACAAGGACGGUGAGGUUUACUGCAUCGAUGCCCGUUACUACGGCAACGUGAGCCGCUUCAUCAACCACCUGUGUGACCCCAACAUCAUCCCCGUGAGGGUCUUCAUGCUGCACCAGGACCUGAGGUUCCCCCGCAUCGCCUUCUUCAGCAGCCGCCACAUCCGGCCGGGGGAGGAG